AUGGCGGAGCAGCCUGUGCCAAAGAAGCGCGGCAAGCUCCUCACCUUCCUUCGUUCCGUGGUGAAGGCCCGCUCAAAGCAACCAAAAGAGCGGGAAGUGGAGAAGGAAAGGGUGUUCGGCCGUGACCUGGGAGAGCAUCUUCUGCACUCUGGUCGUGAUGUCCCCCAGGUCCUCCAGAGCUGCGCCGAGUUCAUCGAGCAGCAUGGCGUGGUGCAGGGGAUAUACCGCCUGUCCGGCGUGGCGUCCAACGUCCAGAGACUGCGCCAGGAAUUUGAGUCUGAGCAGGUUCCUGAGCUAACUGUCCGCGACGUUCACAGCGCGAGCUCCCUCUGCAAAAUGUACUUCAGGGAGCUCCCGAACCCCCUGCUGACCGACCAGCUGUACGACAAGUUCUCGGAUGCUGUUGGUGCCACUACGGAAGAGGAGCGGCUGGUCAGAAUGCGGGACGCCAUCCAGCAGCUGUCUGCUCCUCACUACAGGACCCUGGCGUAUCUGAUGAGACACUUGGCCUGUCUGGCUGGGCACUGCUCCACCACAAACAUGCAUGCGAAGAACUUAGCGAUUGUGUGGGCUCCAAACCUCUUAAGAUCACAGCAGAGCGAGUCUGCCUGCGCCAGCGGGAGGGCUGCCUGCAUGGAACUGCAGACGCAGUCGGCUGUGGUGGAAUUCAUCAUUGACCACACAGACGUCCUCUUCUGCUCCACAUCUGGACCUGACAUCGCAGAUGGAGCAGGGCACAGUUCUCUCUCAGGGCCCCAGUCUGUGCAGGCGUCUUCUCCUGCCACAGAGCUGCUCAGCCUGGAGGAGGCGCAGGCACGGAGGCAAGGCCACAGCAGCUCUCCUGUCGUUGUGACACAGAGCAGGGACAUGGAAGUGGAAGAAGGCCCCACAGCUGUACGGGGGAAAUUCCACACAGUCAUUGACUUUCCAUCUGAAAGACCAAGUCCACCCAGCAGGAUGAAGGAGUCACCGUCUGGCUGUUGGUGUUCCUGCUUCAGCCUGGGGAAACCAUCCUCUGUGGCCAAAGACCAACGGCAGCACCAUCCCAGGGAGCCCUCAGAGACAGACAUUGUAGUGCUGGCAGGUGAUUCGAGCUCUUGUCAACCCAGAUGUGCCAGAGCAAGUAGCGAUGCUGGGCUGUGUGCUUCCACCAAUGGAGAGCUGUUAGGAAGCACAAAUGGCUGCGGUUCAGAUGACAGCCUGCCGCAUAACAACAGUGGCGGACACAAGGAGCUCAUCCAAGUCCAAGCCCUCGUUUCUCCCGGCUCUGCUGAAGAUGCUGACCUGAGCCUGUCACACACCACAGGCACCAGCCCGGACUGUGACCCGGUGCCUCUGCAGUGCAGCCCAGCCCAAGCACAGCCUGAGUGCCCCGAAAGCAGCACCUCUGUGCAGGAGCAGGUCAGCAACAGCGAGGAGAAGCCGUGCCUCUUGGAGGGGGACUUAGAAUCAGGCCUCCAGUCCCAGGCACCGUGCAGCUGCUCUGAGAGCUCUGAGCCGCUCUCUCCGUGACCUUUCCAUCCAAGAGAGGACGAUUCCCAUCUUUACCUGGACCUCUCACGCCCUCCUGUCUUUUCCUUUAAUAAUAAAAGCACACUUGUGCUCACUCAA